UCAAUGAACAACCCACUCACGCACAAUUGGUACCCUCACUCCGUAUUUCUGAGUCACUGAGUUAGUGAGUUAGGGUUUUAGUCGGGAAAAAAAGGUUAGGGUUUUGAUUGUGAUCUACGCUGGAGCAGAGCAGAGAAGAGCAUGGAGUCCAACAACAGAGUCGACGCGUCUCGGAUUCUCCGUGAGAUCGAGUCUUUGAAGGCUACGAAGAGCAAUAUCGAGCAUCGAUUAUCUGUUCUCGAAGCUCAGUUUCGUGAUAUCAACGAUGAGAAGGACGGUAACAAUUCGGUUAGCUUGUGUCCUCCAAUAUCCAACGUUCACUCAGGUUUAGGACAUGGAUUGUCGUCCGAUAUGAUCUAUAGAUACAGUCGCCAACUCUUGCUUCCUUCCUUCGGUGUUCAAGGGCAGUCGAAUCUGUUGAAGUCUUCAAUUUUAGUUGUUGGAGCCGGAGGGCUGGGCUCACCUGCUCUGUUUUACCUUGCUGCCUGUGGUGUUGGUCGCUUAGGUAUUGUUGAUCAUGAUGUAGUUGAGCUUAACAAUCUACACAGGCAGAUUAUCCAUACUGAAGCAUAUAUUGGUCAGUCAAAAGUAGAAUCUGCUGCUGCUGCUUGUCGCUCCAUUAACUCCACUGUUCAGAUUGUGGAACACAAAGAAGCUUUACGCACAUCCAAUGCUUUGGAAAUUUUGAGCAAGUAUGACAUAGUAAUAGAUGCUACAGACAAUGCUCCAAGCCGUUACUUGAUCAGUGAUUGCUGUGUGGUGUUGAGGAAGCCGCUUGUAUCGGGUGCUGCAUUGGGAUUGGAAGGGCAGCUUACAGUUUACAAUUACAAUGGAGGUCCAUGCUAUCGAUGCCUAUUUCCAACUCCACCACCUACAACAGCAUGCCAAAGAUGUUCUGAUAGUGGAGUUCUAGGAGUUGUUCCUGGGAUCAUUGGUUGUCUCCAAGCCCUAGAGGCUAUAAAGAUUGCAAGUGCUGUUGGUGAUUCACUCUCUGGACGGAUGCUUCUUUUCGAUGCAUUGUCAGCUCGGAUUCGUACCGUCAAGAUCAGAGGGAGAUCUUUGCAAUGCGAUGUUUGUGGAGAAAACUCAGUAUUUACCCCACAGCAGUUUCGAGAUUUUGACUAUGAGAAAUUCACUCAGUCUCCCUUGUCAACGGCUCCAUUGAAGUUAAACCUGCUUGCGUCAGACGCUAGAAUAAGCAGCAAGGAGUACAAUGAGAAAGUUGUUAAAGGAGAAGCACGUGUAUUGGUUGAUGUACGACCGGCACACCACUUUAAGAUCGUUUCUCUUCCCCAGUCGAUGAAUAUCCCCUUCUCAAGUUUGGAAGGUAGGUUGCCUGAAAUAUCUUCAGCAUUGAAGGAAGAGGAAGAGCGCAAGUGUACCAAAACAGGUUCGGGUGCCUCUCUGUAUGUAAUUUGUAGAAGAGGUAAUGAUUCACAGAGAGCUGUUCAAUACCUCCACAAGAUGGGUUUUACUUCAGCAAAGGAUAUCAUCGGGGGACUGGAGUCGUGGGCGCAUGAUGUGGAUCCAAACUGCCCUACCUACUAGUGGACAAAGCUCAUUGUGACAGGGGACUGUUGCAACUGUAAACCUUAUUUUGGGUUUUACUUAUUUAUCGUUACAUAAUCCUCGUGAGUUAAAUAUGUUGUUAAUUACAUAAAUUAGUGCUACAAAGAAAUUUUCAUUGUUUCCAGCUGUUCUCUUUUUCGUUUUUUUCCUUAACAAAAGCUAGGGGAUUUGUUUGUAUGAGUUGUUUAUUCCAUAAUUAUAGUCACGAAAUAUUGGUAUGAAGAUGUAUAAUUAUAGAUCUUAGAAUGUCCUAAUUAUGGAUAAGUUAAAUCUUUAUGACAA